UUUUUUUUUUUUUUUAAUAAUUUCUCUUGACAGAUACUAAUCACAUUGACUUUUAGGAGUCAAUUCAAGUGCGAACAGAAUAAGAAUUUUAUUGUUUUUCCCCCUUUUUUUUAAAUAAAUAAAAAUAAAUUAAUUAAAAAAUAUUUUUGUUUUUUAAAACCAUAAUUAUGAGUUUAAAAAAAAAAUCUUUAGUUCAAGUUUAUGAAAUGUUAAGAAGGGGUUGAAGGCAAAAUAAAAGGGUGUAUUUGUGUAUGUAUGUUUAAAUUGAGCUGGUAAGCAUUGACGUUAACACAGUUUGCGUUCAUUUAUCGGUAAGGAUAACAGAAAGAAAACAGUGUAAAAUGUUGUUACAUAAAUUUAUAUUAACGAAGACCUCGAAAUUUCGACGGCUAACAAUUUCUUAAUUAUAAAAAAAUAUUUUAUAAUUUAUUAUUUAUCUCUCUUUCACCUCUGGCCUUCAAAUAUUUGCUUAAAAAAAAGAAAUUUAAUUUCUGAACUUGACAAAAUUUUUAUCAGUAGUCUUCUAGUCUUUUAUGAAGAAUAAUUUCAAUUUUUCUUCAAUCCAAAUUUAUAAAAUUUAACAUUCUUUCAGAAUAAUUAAUUUUUACUGAGUGAUAAUUUAAUUAAUUAAUUUAUUAAAUAAUUUAAUUAGUAAAUAUUAAUUAAAUUACUUUUUUUUUUCUUUAAGAAAAAAAGACGAUUAAAAAUCGAGAUUCUUAUAAAAGACUAUGGAUAAUGAGGCAAUAACGGGACAAAGGAACAAUUUUGAAAUUUUGAGUGUGUGGAAUUAUUUGCAAAGUUUGGUACACGUACGAUGGACACAAAGAAAAGUGACAUUUUUAAAACCAAUUGAAAAGAAUAAGGAAUUUGAAAUUUUUCAUAUUUCUCAAAUAAUGUCUAAUUAUCCAUCAGGUAAAAAAGAUUUACAUUCAAAUACAAUUAAUUAUAAUAUGAAUAAUAGAGAAAUUCCAAAUUAUUUACGGGAGCACAAUACAUAUUUUCCCCAUACAACUAAUGCCAUUGAGUCACAAAGUAUAUAUAGAGCUCCAAUGAAACUUGAAGGAUUUGCUGUCAGAAAUCGAAAUUAUCAGAAUGUUGGACGUAAAAUUCCCUCAAAUUUAACAUUUAAACAAUCGAGUAAAACUGCAGAAUUUGAUAAAAAAUUCUCAAGACAUAGAGAAUUAAAUGAUGAUAAAUUAAAUAGAUCAAAAUCACGAUAUAUUCAAUCUUGUAUUAAAAAAUCGGAUAUUACAUCAAUAACCAAACAAUAUUGUACAACAAGUACACUUCAUGGUUUACGAUAUAUUGGCGAUAGUAAUCUUUCUCUUUUCGAAAGAUUCUUUUGGAUAAUUUCCUUCACAGCAGCAGUGGCAACAGCAUCUUUAUAUAUUUUAGGUGUUUAUAAAAAAUGGAUUUCCUCGCCUAUUAUCAUUUCCCUGAGUCCCGAGCCCGUUGCAUAUGAAGAAUUUCCAUUUCCCUCAAUUACCCUAUGCAAUAUGAAUAAUGCGAAAAAAUCUGAAGCUGAUCGAAUUAAAAGUGGAUCGGAUAAACUUGAGAAGAUUUUACUUAAUGAUAUUUGUAACACGGAAAAUUUCACUACAUUCAAUGAUAUAGAUGAUGAAUCUGCAAAAUGGAUCAAUGUUCGCCGAUUUAUGAUAAAUGUAUCACAAUCUUGUAAUGAAAUGCUUCACUAUUGUCAAUGGCAUGGUUUAAAAUUUGAAUGCGAAAAAUUAUUUAAUCCCACUUUAACUGACGAAGGAAUGUGUUGUAAUUUUAAUUCUGUACAUCGAAAUUUUAUAUUCUUCAAUCCAAAAGAAUCAACUGAUUUAAAUGUCACAUACCCAUUUCCAAUUAUUGACUGGACACCUGAAACAGGAUACAACUCUAAUAUUUCACCAGAUUCUGUACCAUGGAGACCUUAUGGAGCUGGAAAAUAUUUUGGAUUAACAUUAGUUCUCGAUGCAAAUGUCGAUGAAUAUUAUUGUUCAUCAACUGCCAGUGUUGGAUUUAAGAUGUUGCUGCAUAAUCCAGUUGAAACUCCAAAAAUAGCAGAUUUUGCAUUUGGCAUUUCACCGGGUAAAGAAACGCGCGUUAUAAUACGUCCACAUAUUUCGGUAGCAAGUAAAACGAUACUUAAAAUACCAAAGAAAAAAAGAAAAUGUUUCUUCACGUCCGAGAGACGAUUACGUUUUUAUAGAACUUAUACGCAGAGAAAUUGUUUUCUCGAAUGUGAGGCAAAUUUUACUCAACAAAUUUGUCAAUGCGUACAAUAUUAUAUGCCGAAAUCGCUAAAUACAUCGAUUUGUGGAAAAAAAGAUGAUCAAUGCGCAAUUCAAGCAAGAAGAGCAAUGGAACAAAAACUUUAUGAUGAUGAAAAUACAAAUAGUCAACUGAACAUCACAGAAACUCCAAGUUGUAAUUGUUGGCCAGGAUGUUUUGAAGUUAGUUAUACCACUGAGAUAUCACAGAGUGCCUUGAUGCCGAAUUUUAAUAUAGACAAUUUUUAUAUAAAAAAGGAUCAACGUUACUUCACGGAAAAUAUGGCCGUUGUACAUCUAUUCUUUGUUGAUUCUCAAUUCACAAAAUUUGUCAAACAAGAACUUUUCGGAUUUACUGAAUUCCUAUCUAAUAUUGGCGGUCUACUUGGCCUUUUUAUGGGUUUUAGUGUUUUAUCAUUCAUGGAAAUAAUUUAUUUUCUAACAUUAAAAUUUUGGUGUCAACUACGAAAAAAUAAAAAUUCAUUGAAUCAUUCUGAAGUUGAAACACAAAUAAAGCAAAAUAAUCAAAUUACUUAUCCUUUUGCGCAUUAAACUGACAGAUGUUUGUUUGAAACUAUUAAUAAAAUAACAUUUGACAUUGUAAAUCGUUAACUUCUUUAAAUAAAUUUAAAUUCUUAUUAUA